AUGACAGCCCAAGAUGGGCACACCUCUCGACCUAAGACAGAUGCAUCGGCAUUUGGUGUAGCACAUCCUUCUCCAAAAUUAGGCAUCAUAGUAUCUUCUCGGAGUAAACAGUUACAGACAAGCUCUGAAUCAUGGGAAUCUAAUGUAGAUGAUUUGGAACAUAUAGGAAUUGAUGAUCUUAUGGAUAUGGAUUCAUUACCUUCAGCUUUGCUUCCUGCCAAAACUAAAAGUGAAAGCAAAACAGCAUUCCCAAAGAAAUCUUUAGCUGAACAGGUUCUUACAAUGAAUAAUACUAUGGUUGCAGAUCAAGAGUUAGCUGCAGCAAUGCAGCAGAGUGUUACGGUUUAUGUCACGAAUCUGCGUUCAUCUGUCUCAAAGCAGGAUAUAGUGGAACUGUUUGGAGACAUUGGGCGAAUAAAAAGUGCCGAAUUGUGCUAUCCGGGAACUGCAGUGAUAGAGUUUUUUAGCCAAGAAGAUGCUGAGAAAGCAUGUGAAAUUUAUCAUAAUAGGCUUCUGGAUGGUCAGCCAAUGAAAUGCUGUAUUCAACCAAUUCUGCGUCCUUCAAGAACAUCAGUUUCUCAAAGACUUGGGGAAAGAAUUGCAGACUUUGGUAUAUCUCAUCCUGUAACAUCAUCCCAAGCAUCCAGCUCAAGAUCUAGAUAUAACCCACGCAAUGUACAGUUCACUGUAAAAUUGGCAUAGGUUAUUUUUUACUGUUAAUGUAUGGAGAUCAUUUUCCUGAAUGCUGUAAAAAGUGGUUCGCUGAAAUACCAUUGUAAUAUACAUUUUCUAAUUUUCUUAUUGUAACAAAAAAAUAAAAAUAAAGCAUGUUCAUUUUAAAAGUCA